UUUUUAUUUCUUUUUUUUUUCUUUUUGUUUUAUUUCUUUCUCUCUUUCGCCAAUCAUGAAUCGCUGGCUUCGCUUGGCUGCGAUGCUGGCGCUCCUUGCGUUGCUCAUGACGGCCUUCGCCAUCCCUGCGUCCCGCGCUUCUGAAGCCGAUGACGAUGACGACACUUCUGCUGAUCUGCCCAAGGUCGCUAACGACAUUGCUGGCGAUCGCGUUGGCUCCAAGACGGACGAUCAAGUGGUUGAACGUGAGGAACAAGCCAUCCAUAUUGACGGUCUCUCUGUCUCGGAGGUUAAGCAACUGCGUGAACGAUCGGACAAGUUUGCCUUCCAGACGGAGGUCAAUCGCAUGAUGAAGCUGAUUAUCAACUCGCUCUACAAGAACAAGGACAUCUUCUUGCGAGAACUCAUCUCGAACGCCUCGGACGCGCUCGACAAGAUUCGCUUCCUGUCCGUCUCGGAUCCCAAGCUUCUUGGCGAGACGACGCAGCUGCGCAUCCAGAUUUUCGCUGACGCCGCCAACAAGGUGCUCCACAUUACCGACACUGGUGUCGGCAUGACUCGCGACGAUCUGAUCCGCAACCUCGGCACCAUCGCCAAGUCCGGCACUGCCGAGUUCCUCCACCAGAUGCAAGAGUCGCAGACCGCCGACGCUUCGUCCCUCAUCGGUCAGUUUGGUGUCGGUUUCUACUCGGCCUUCCUUGUCGCCGACACGGUUGUUGUGACCACCAAGCACAACGACGACAAGCAGUACAUCUGGGAGUCGGACGCCUCGUCCUUCUCGAUCGUCGAGGAUCCCCGCGGCAACACUCUUGGCCGCGGCUCCACCAUCUCGCUCCACCUCAAGGAGGAGGCCCACGAUUUCCUCGACCAGGAGACCGUUCGCAACCUCAUCCGCAAGUACUCUGAGUUUAUCAACUACCCCAUCUACCUGUUUGUCAGCACUGAGGCCGAGGUCACCCCUCCGGCCAUGGGCCACGGCUCCUCCUCCGAGGAGGAGGCGGCCGACACCGAGACCGAGACGUCCGAGGACGCUGACGUCCAGGAAGAGCCCGCCGCUGCCGCCGAGAAGCCCAACGGCGACGGCACGUCUGACUGGGAGCUGCUCAACGCCAACAAGCCCAUCUGGACUCGCGCUGCCAAGGAUAUCGCUGAUGACGAGUACGUGCGCUUCUACAAGGGCUUCUCCAAGGACGAAAAGGACCCCCUGACCCACAUCCACUUUAGCGCCGAGGGUGACGUGUCCUUCCGCUCCAUCCUCUUCAUCCCGUCGGAGGCGCCUCAGAACAUGCUGACUGACUUCCACAAGAAGGUCAACAACAUCAAGAUGUACGUGCGCCGCGUUUUCAUCACUGACGAGUUUGACGAGAUGCUGCCCCGCUACCUGAGCUUCAUUUCUGGCGUUGUCGACUCUGACGACCUGCCCCUGAACGUGUCUCGUGAGACGCUCCAGCAACACAAGCUGCUGAAGGUCAUCAAGAAGAAGCUUGUCCGCAAGGCUCUUGAGAUGAUCAAGAAGCUCGCCGAGGAUGACGAGGACAAGGAAAAGUACAAGACCUUCUGGAAGGCGUACGGCACCAACAUCAAGCUUGGUCUGAUUGACGAUUUCGCCAACCGCUCGCGCCUCGCCAAGCUCCUCCGCUUCCCUUCGUCCAACUCUGACACGGAUGACACCUCUCUCACCGACUAUCUCGCCCGCAUGAAGGAAGGCCAGAGCAACAUUUUCUUCAUGGCUGGCCUCAACCGCGAGGAGACUUCCACCUCUCCCUUCGUUGAGCGUCUGCUCAAGCGCGGCUAUGAGGUUCUCUACCUUGUUGACCCUGUCGACGAGUACACCAUCCAGAACCUGCCCGAGUUUGAGGGCAAGAAGUUCCAGAACGUUGCCAAGGAAGGCCUCAAGUUUGGCGACGAGACUGACUCGCAGGAGCGCCGCUUCAAGAAGAUUGAGAAGCAGUUCAAGCCUCUGACUGACUGGCUCCGCACCAAGCUUGAAAAGUUCCUCGACAAGGCCGUCAUCUCGACCCGUCUGACUGGCUCGCCCUGUGCCCUCGUCGCCUCGUCGUACGGCUGGUCUGGCAACAUGGAGCGCAUCAUGAAGGCACAGGCCUACUCGAUCCAGAACGACCCCACGACUGCCUUCUACGCCGCCCAGAAGAAGACUCUCGAGCUCAACCCCGGUCACCCACUCGUUCGCGAGCUCCUCAACCGCGUCAAGGACGAGCCGGAGAGCGUUGAGACUCUUGAUCUCGCCACCCUUCUUUACGAAACCUCCGUUCUUCGCUCGGGCUACUCGCUCAAGGAUUCGGCCGACUUUGCCACCCGCAUUGAGCGCAUCCUCCGUCUCUCCAUGGACGUGGAUCCAGAGGCCAAGGUCGACGCCAUCUUUGACGACGAGGACGCUUUCGCCGACGAAGAGGAAGAGGAGGUCGAAGAGGUUGAGACUUUUGGUGAGGAAGAUCACGUUGGCGAAGACGAGAUUCCCGCUGAAGAGCACCGCGACGAGCUGUAAACGGCCAGGAACUCCCCGUUUGUUGUAGUUGUUUUAUGUGUGUUGCCCCAAAAUAAAUUUUCAAACUUUUUUUUUAAAAAUCAACAAACAACAUGUUCAUCAUUACAAUACAUCCGCAGUAG